AUGCCUACUUUGACCCCCACGCCGGGAUCUUAUCUCGUCCUUCGCCUCGACCCCGUCGCCACCGCCAGGGGCAUCGACGAUCCUAUCCUGCAGAGCGCUGCAAAACGGCUCGCUCCGAAGACGUAUGUGGGGUACAUUGACCGCGUCGACGAAAUCCCAUGGCCAGAUAAACCGACCCAUAGAUGCCACAUCCGCUUCGUCGGCCAGGGCCUCCCCACCCCCCCGCGCGCACGAUUCACGCACUCGGCCAUGUCGGUGCCGAUUCUGCCAGAGACCGCGCACCCGCUCGAACGCGCGCCUCUGUGCCCCUCUCGCCCGUUCCCGUUCGCGCGCUGCUACCAGUACAACUACAUCGACCGCGUCGUGCGCAUCCCGACACAGGAGUUCCGCGAGGAGCUUGCCGUCAUGCUCUCGCUUGAGGAGGUGCGGAGGCACGACAAGUAUGAGCUCGAGGACUAU